AUGGCUGAAGGAGAAACAGAGAGGAAAUGGGAUGGGAGGAGGAAGAAAAACCUAAGAUGGCGUUUAGGAGGGAGCUGGCGAUGGCGGUUUGUGGCUGAUGAUGGGGCAAGUAUUGGUGGAGGAGGUAGGGGUGGUAGUGGUGGUGGCAGUGGGAAUGAGGUGGUGGAGGUGGUGGUGGUGGUAGUGGUGGUGGAGGUGAUGGCAGUGGCAAUGGCAGUGGGAGUGGGAAUGGCGGUGGCGACAGUGGCGAUGAUGGUGAUGAUGCUGGCAGUGGCUAUGGUGGUGGUGAUGGGGGGUGAUGGUGGGGCUGAUAAAAGGGGAAGUAGUGGUGGUUAA